CUCCUUCUCUCGUGCCAAUCCAUUCCCUACCGAGCAGGUCUCCCCUCCAAACACAAUUGAACUUCAUUCCUUUCUGCGCAAAAGCACACCGAGUGUGUAGAUCAUCGCCUUGUUAUCCUUCCACACCAAAAGAAAAACGUCACCAUGAAGACUACCGCUACCCUCCUCACCUCCGCUGUGCUGCUCGGCCUGGCUGCCGCCCAGCCUCGCGUCCACCAGCACCACGCUCAUCUCCACCGCCGUGAAGACGAGCAGAAGCGCGAUCUUGUCAUCGAGACCGCCUGGGUCACCGAAGUCGAGUACGUGACCAAGAUCGUCGACGAGAGCACCACCCGCUGGAUCACGCCCACUCACGAGACCGUCCCUGAGCCAGAGCCGACGACCAGUGAUCCUCCAGCAGUCUUUGCCGAGGAGCCCAAGCAAGAGACCACGGAGCAGCCCGAGCCCCAGACUACGGAGCAGCCUAAGGAGGAGCCCAAGCCCGCGCCUCAGUCCGAGCCUCAGCCCGAGCCUGAACCCCCGACCAGCUCUGAGCCCGAGACCACCACCCAGGUCUACGAGCCUCCUGCACCCACAACCACCACCCAGGAGGAGCCCAAGCCCAGUGCCAGCUCCCCUCCCUCCAACGGUGGCGGCAGCAGCGGUGGAUUGGUCCACAAUGGUGAAAUCACCUAUUACACGGUCGGGCUCGGUGCUUGCGGCGAGGACGACGCAGGCAUGGACCAGGUGGAGAACAUUGUCGCUCUGUCCCACGAGCUGAUGGGCACCCAGUCCAACGGCAACCCCAUGUGCGGCCAGACCAUCACCAUCACCGUCGGCGGCAAGAGCGCCUCGGCGACCGUCCGUGACAAGUGCAUGGGCUGUGCUAUGAACGACAUUGACGUGUCCGAGAAGGUGUUCAAGGCCCUCUUUGGUGGCUCGCUCACCAGCGGCCGCCAACCCGUCGAGUGGUCCUUCGACAACUACAGCGCUUGAAUUCGGAUCCAACCGAUUCGGCAGAGCGUCACUUGUUUCUGAGCGUGGGACAACAUUAGGCAACCCCCCGGCGUGGGACAGGAUAUAGACUGGACUUGGGAAAGCGUAUGGGCAUCCUGUGCCCCCGACAUACUUUCAUUCAACACUUGUACAUAUUUCAAGACGGAUCAGGCUACUACUUUUCAGCAUAUAGAUAGGCCACAAUGUCCAAAUACAUGUGAGACGCACCAAGAACACAAUUUCA